AGGAGCUGGUUCUUGAUAACUGCCGCUCGGACGAUGGGAAGAUCGUUGGUCUUUCUUCAGAUUUCGAGAACCUGGAGUUCCUCAGCAUGAUCAACAUCAACUUGCUGUCUGUCUCCAAUCUCCCCAAACUCAACAAGCUCCGGAAGCUGGAGCUGAGUGAUAACAGGAUUUCUGGUGGCCUUGAAGUUCUAGCAGAGAGAACUCCUAACCUGACACACUUGAAUCUAAGCGGCAACAAGAUCAAAGACAUCAACACCCUGGAGCCCUUGAAAAAGUUGCCAAACCUGCAUAGUUUGGACCUCUUCAACUGCGAGGUGACGAUGCUCAUCAACUACCGGGAGAGCGUGUUCACCCUCCUGCCCCAGCUCACCUACCUGGACGGGUUUGAUGCUGAUGACCAGGAAGCCCCUGACUCUGACCCCGAAGCAGAUGGGGACGGACUGGAAGAUGAGUAUGAGAAUGGGGAAGUAUUGUCUGGGAGCAGCAAGUAUUUUGGAACCGUGACACUUAACUUCCCUCUUCUUUUGGUAGAAGGUGAGGAAGAGGAUGAUGAUGAUGAGGAAGAUGAUUUGGAUGAAGAAGUCAUUGAGGAUGAAGAAGAUGAAGAUGACGAUUUAGAAGGUGAAGAGGAAGAGGAUGGAGUAGAUGAUGAGGAGGAAGAUGAGGAGGAAGACGGUGAGGACGAUGAAGAAGAGGAAGCUGAUGAUGACCUUCCGCGAGGGGAAAAGAGAAAACGAAAUCUAGAGGAUGAAGGAGAGGAAGAUCCAGAAGACGAAGAGGACGAUGAGGAUGACUGAUCCGAGCGAGCCAAUCAGUUUUACAGACUAUGACUGUGCUUGUCUUAACCUCCCCGUUGUGUCUAUGUGAGACUGUAAAUCCCCGUCUCCCACUCCUCCCCCCUUUGUAUGGCUGCAGCGUCCACAAUAUAUUUUUUUAAGAUGUAGAAUACUGUAGGCGUUCAGGGGAAUCUUCCAUACAAGGCUCACUUUCUCACAACUAUCUCAUGACCAAAGGCUUUUCUCCGUUCUGUGGUUUGUGCAGCAGUUUG